AUGGGAUCGAAACGCGUUCGACAAGCCUGCACGGUUUGUCGAGACCGCAAGGUCAGAUGCGAUAGGAUCCAACCAAGCUGCGGGCGAUGUCUACGCCUUCACGAGAGAUGUAGCUAUGGCGCUUCAUCUGGACCUACGAAUCUUUCACGUCAAGUCCGGGAGCUCCAGGCUCGUUUAGAGAGAGCAGAAGAAAGAUUAUCAGAAAGCAGCAAAGGCAGCCUGGAGACUGGAAAUCCAUUGGCGGGAUCAGGGGUACCACCCUUAAUGCCCCUUGCCGAGAAUAUUGACUUCCCACCCUUUGUGCCUUUUGCCGACAUCAACUUCGAUGCCCAGCUGCAGCCUCCUGCCCCAACGGGUUUUCUCGACCUUUUUGCACAGCCUAACACAGAGAGCCUUUCUCAAGACGCAUCAUCAGUGAAUAUUGGCCAAAGUCAGUUCGAAUUGAUGCGCGAUGCUGAGACUGCAGCGGCCAUGUCUGAACUGCAAUUCCCGGUGGGAUCUCUGUCAGUCGAUUCAGAGCCUAUGGAAGAUGCUGCGACGAGUGGCAAUGGAAAACAUGGGGCAUUCGGGCUAGAACCCCUUGAUAAGGAAUGGGCCGUUUUACAUCACCUCUUCUUCGAGUUCGUCUAUCACUCGCUCCCAAUUCUCUAUCAAGAUCGAUUCUUCGAAGAAAUGGCUACGCAACCUCACCCCCGCCCUCUACUCGCUUUGAGUUAUGCAGUUGCCCUUGUGAGCGCGGCCAUCUCACUGCCCCAUCAGGAUCUACAGAAGCAAUAUUAUUCCAUGACGCGAAAGCUGCUGGAGGAGUGCGAGAUGGAGGGUGACGGGGCAGAAUUUACCAACCUCAACAUCUUCCAAGCCUUGCUCUUCUUGCUGAGAUAUGAGAUCAUGGCAAGCCAGAUCACUAGAGCUUGGAUGACACUCGGACGGGCUAUCAGGCUUGCAAGUGUGUUGAAUCUUCAAAAGAUGGACACUCGAGACCUUUCAAGCGGAAUCGUCCCAGGUCUUCACGUGGAACUGCCCCCAACGGAGGAUUCCGUUUUGUUAGAAGAGCGAAGGCGCUCGUUUUGGUGUCUUUUUAUACUCGAGACGUACGUCAAGACUCGAUCAGGAAUGCCUUGUCAACUGGGUCACGCGGUAUCGUUUGACGUCAACCUACCGUCGCCUGGGCUGCUCAAUCAAGGGCUCACACCAACCAACAUGCCAUUUCUGCGAGAUGUAGCCAAGAGCGAAGAGGAACUCUCCUCUUACGCUGCCUGCGUCAUCAUGGUAGAUCUCGCGAUUCGGGCUUAUGAACACGGAGAAUUGUCACAAUCACAGGCUCAGGGGUACUGGGAUCGGCACUUCGCCAUGGCGAAACUGAUUCAAGAAUGUUCCGCAAAGAUGGGGAACAAUCUAGGGAAAGAGGCUGCAGUCCGUGACCCUGUUUCUCUAUCGAACCAACUCAACUUGGGCGCUAUUAAGAUCAUGCUGCACGAAACAGCUAUUGGCAGGGGACGUGCAGAUGAUCUUUCGCGGUCGAUGAUUGAAGAGAAUGAACGGUGCUGCCAAGUUGCGGCUCAGACGAUAGCCGACACUGUUCGAGUUGUAUGGGAGAACCAGCCCUCCGAGAGAAACCUCUUCACGCUUCAAGCGACCUUUACUGCUUGGCCAAUAGCAAAGGCGAUCAGCACUCUUGUCAGAGACAGGGCAGAUGCGUGUAACCUUCCGUCGGUUCAACGAAUGAGUGACCUGAAACUACUGUGCUCUGUCCUGGACUACGUGGAAAGAGAAGGAGGCUAUUGGCACAUCCUGAUAACUGAUCAUCUGGCUCAAGUGAGGGAGUGGGAUGAGGGGCUGGAAUCUUCAGCGUAG